UGUGACUUUAUUUAAAAACAAUAUUUGUCUCAUUUUAUUUAUAAAGAAUUAAACAUUUUCAUAUUCAGACGAGUUAUAAAUAUUGAAGUAAAUUAUUGUUAUGAAUUUUUUUAGCGCAUGUGAGAAGUGGUUUAAUUGAAUUCGUAGAAAAUUAGAAAUGCACAUAUUAUAUCCUAAUUAUCCUAUAAUAUGGAACAGAAUAAUAUUGACUGCUCGCCGACCUCUCCAACAAUAGAUAGAAUAGAAAUUACAGAAUAUGAGCUAAGGUUACCAGCAUGGAGCCUGGAAUGUUUAAAGUCAGCAGCAAUACAGCAGAGGCUAGGUCGUCCCCACAGUCUAGCAUGGGCUAUCUUGCUGAAUGCUCUCCCGCCGCCUAGUGGAGAUAUCAUAUCUAGUUUAGAAGCUCAUAGAAAUUUCUACAACGAUCUUAAAUCUAAAUUGUCUAUGGAUCCUAGAACUGUGAUUGGAGAUGAUCCAUUAUCACAAAAUGACGAGAGUGCAUGGAAACAACACUUCUGUGAUAACGAGCUCAAAGCACUUAUAUUGCAAGAUGUGGUACGUACAUACCCUGAUGAGGUGUACUUCCGUGAGAAGGAGGUACAAGAGUUAAUGGUUAACGUGUUAUUCUUCUGGGCACGAUGCCAUUCACAUGUGGGAUACAGACAGGGAAUGCACGAAAUACUUGCCCCACUAUUAUUUGAAUUGUAUUUAGAUAGGAAAUUUGCACCUGACAACUUAGGUGACGCGUUAAAAUAUUAUCUUGACGAAAAUUAUUUAGAACAUCAUUGUUACAUGCUCUUCAACACCCUUAUGAAGGGUUUAGAAAAGUUUUAUACGACAGGUGAUGUGGUGCCCACAGCUUGUGGUCGGCUGCCGUCGUCCAAAGUAGUUCACAAUCCUAAUGAAGUAGUCAGAUAUUUGGAAAAAGUGAAAGAGGAAUAUUUGGCGCCGUUUGACGCAGAGUUAGCGGCGCGCCUCGCUGAAUAUAAUAUCUCUAUGGAGCUUUUUGGAAUCCGAUGGUUACGAUUACUAUUCGGGCGUGAGUUCCCGCGCGCUGAUAUACCACAUCUGUGGGGGUUCCUGUUCGCCGACGGUCCAAUGCUGCCUUAUUUACACUACGUCAUAGUCGCGAUGCUCGUUUCAAUUCGAAAUAUAUUGUUGGAGGCGGAAGCCGGCGGCGCGCUGGCGGCGCUGAUGAGGCCGAGCCCCGCCGCCGCCGCGCACGUCACCGCGCUCGCACUGCACCUGCGGCGCCCGCGCACGCACCCGCGCCCGCCGCCGCCGCCGCCGCACAGAAAGCUGACGGAACCAUUUGAUCGUAGCAACGAGAGCGACGAGCCGCCGAAGUGGGAGCUGGAGCAGCCGGGAGCGGAGCACACGGGCGGCGCGGCCUCGUGGUGCGCGGACGGCGCGGCGGAGGGCGGCGACGUCGCGCGCGAGCUCGCCGCCCUCGCGCUCGUGCGCGCCCGCCUGCCGCGCGCCGCCGCCGCACUCGCGCGCGCCCUGCCGCGCCCGCCCGCCCGCGCCCGGGCCGCCCUGCGCGACCUACUGCAGCUAGCAGCACUCCUGGAAUGUCGCAACCACGCCCUCAUAGAUGUAGAGACAGCAUUGGAAGCAGCAGAAGGUGAGGUAACCGAUGAAAUUGGUAAACGGAAGAUAGUACCAGUCACGGUAGUCCCAAAACCUAAACCUGCCCAUAGCAAACAGCCCAACAAAGUGAGAGAAGUACAACUGAAAGUGUUUCACCAAACGGAGUGCAAAAGUACCAGUGAUUUUCCGUUUUUAGACCCGCUCAGAUCAAGGACAGAUUGACUAAGACGCAAGUUUUUACUCUAUAGUUACUAUCGUUAAGGUACUUAACUA